AUGUCUGAACAAAUCAAAGAAUUAAUUAAUAGAAAUCAAAAAUGGGCGGAGUCUAAGAAAGCCACAGAUCCUGAUUAUUUUAAAAAUAUAGCAAAAGGCCAGAAACCAAAAUUUAUUUGGAUAGGUUGCUCUGACAGCAGAUUGCCACUGGAAAUAAUAACUCAAUCGAAUAUUGGAGAAAUUUUUGUUCUUCGAAAUAUCGCUAAUCAGGUUCAUACUACCGAUUUAAGUGUAUUGUCAGUAUUAGAAUAUGCAAUAAACCAUCUUCACGUCAAACAAAUAGUUAUUUGUGGCAAUUACGUAUGUGGCGGUGUUCACGCAUCAAUUAAGAACAAUAAUGAUAGUGUCGUUGACCAUUGGCUACAAGAUCUUAAUGAGAUUUAUUUGUCUAAUAAAUUUCAAUUAAAUGAUAAACCAUCAAAAGAACGUGAGAAUCUUUUAGCUGAACUUAACGUCAAAAAACAAGUUUGCAAUCUUGCUGCUACAAAUAUUGUCCAAAAAGCAUGA